UUCUCUCAACCCCUCCAUGAAGAGAUUGCUCUGCACAAACGCCUGCGCCACAAGAACAUCGUGCGCUACCUGGGCUCAGCCAGCCAGGGCGGCUACCUCAAGAUCUUCAUGGAGGAAGUGCCUGGAGGCAGCCUGUCCUCCUUGCUGCGGACAGUGUGGGGACCCUUGCAGGACAACGAGAGCACCAUCAGUUUCUACACCCGCCAGAUCCUGCAGGGACUCAGCUACCUGCAUGACAACCACAUUGUGCAUCGAGACAUCAAAGGGGACAAUGUGCUGAUCAACACCUUCAGCGGACUGCUAAAGAUUUCUGACUUUGGCACCUCCAAGCGGCUGGCAGGCAUCACACCCUGCACCGAGACCUUCACAGGGACCCUACAGUAUAUGGCUCCAGAAAUCAUUGACCAGGGCCAACGAGGUUAUGGGAAAGCAGCUGACAUCUGGUCAUUGGGCUGCACUGUCAUUGAGAUGGCCACAGGUCGCCCACCCUUCCAUGAGCUAGGGAGCCCACAGGCUGCAAUGUUUCAGGUGGGCAUGUACAAGGUGCAUCCGCCAAUGCCCAAUUCUCUGUCAGCAGAGGCCCAAGCCUUCCUCCUCCGAACUUUUGAGCCAAACCCCCGUGUCCGAGCCAGUGCUCAAGCACUGCUGGGAGACCCCUUCCUUCAGCCUGGGAAGAAGAGCCGCAGUCCUGGCUCCCCCCAACAUGCCCUGCGGCCCUCAGAUGCCCCUUCAGCGAGCUCUACUCCUUCAGCUGACUCCACCACGCAGUCCCAGACAUUCCCACGUCCUCAGGCAACCCCUCAGCACCCACCCAGUCCCCCAAAGCGCUGCCUCAGUUAUGGGGACACCAGCCAACUCCGGGUGCCUGAGGAGCCCGGGGCCGAGGACUCCGCGUCCCCCGAGGAGAGUUCGGGAAUGAGCCUGAUGCACCAAGAGAGCAAGCGCCGGGCCAUGCUGGCGGCUGUACUGGAGCAGGAGCUGCCCACUCUGGCGGAGCAGCUGUGCCUGGAGCGGGACCAGGAUCCCCGUCUGGGCAGGAAUCACGUGGAAGAGCUACUGCGCUGCCUUGGGGCGCAUAUCCACACACCCAACCGCCGGCAGCUGGCCCAGGAGCUGCAAGCGCUCCAAGGGCAGCUUCGGGCCCAGGGCAUUGGGCCUGCGCUUCUGCAUGCACCGCUCUUCGCCUUCCCAGAAGUGGUGAAACAGAUCCUCCGCAGACGCCAGAUCCGUCCACACUGGAUGUUCGUGCUGGACUCGCUGCUCAGCCGCGCUGUACGGGCAGCCCUGGCGGUGCUGGGCCCAGAGGUGAAGGACGCAGUCCCACCGAAGUCAAAGGAGGCCAGUAAAGAAGAGGAGUCCCAGCUAAAGCAGCAGGAGACCUCAGUGCAUCUGAGCCGGCUCCCUGGGGAACCAGAGCAGGAACCCACACCUCUGAUAGUGCAGCUGGGCCUUUUGAGAGCAGAGACUGACAGGCUUCGAAGCGUCCUGGCUGAGAAGGAACGAGAGUGCCAGGCCCUGGUGCAACAAGCUCUACAGCGGGUGAAUGGGGAAGCCAGAACCUGUGUCCUAGCCUCAGCACCCCCAUCUGCUCUCACAGUGGACCAGGGCCUGGUGCUGUGGCUACAGGAACUGAACGUGGAUUCAGGCACCAUCCAGACGCUGCUGAAUCACAGCUUCACCCUCUAUGCACUGUUGACAUGUGCCACUCGAGAUGACCUCAUCUACACCCAAAUCAGGGGAGGGAUGGUAUGCCGCAUUUGGAGAGCCAUCUUGACAGAGCGAGCAGGAUCCACACCAGUCACUCCUGACCCUCAGAAGGCUGAAUGAGGGCAUCAGAAGGCCAGACCCAAGGAUGGAUGAAUGGAGAAGACACAGAAGCUUCUGACACAUCUGUCUCAGGACCCAGGGGCAGCAGCAGCAGGAGGCCAGAGAGUGGGAGGGGAGGCAGGGUAGGGCCCAGGCCUAGUCCCAGCAGGGGAAUCAACCAUAGAGAUGCCCUAAGCACACCAAGUAUCAUCAGGCAAAGACUAAUAAAACAGAACACUUUUGUA